UAUGCAAAUCUGUUUCAAAUAUUUCCCGGGAAAUCUGAGUUUCGCGGGAGGACCUUUCGCGCGUAAACCUCAUCCCCUACUUCAUUGUCCGCUUCCUGGAGCCAUUUUUCGCUCUAGCGAGAGGGAGUUUGCAUCGCAUUUUAAUCGCUUACAUCGGGUGUUUUAGGAUUUAGCAAUCUCACUCAUAUUACAGCUAUGCAUUCCUAAGACUGUCUGCUUUCAUAAUUUAUGAUUAUUUUAUAUCCACUCGCUCGGAUUUGAUAGAAAACGAGCCUCUAAUCACAAGUGGGACAAAGGGAACCUGCGCCUCUGAGGAUCAUGAGAAAGGGGGGUUCCUCGGUCCCAGGACAAGUUAUGUUAACAGGGGUUGUUAGAGGUGAACAACACGGUGUUUUUAGUGCGGUUUCCGAUCGACGAUGUGCAGCUUAUUCCAAUGCAGCCCGUAUACAAAUAAACACACCGCCGUCCACUAAUAAUGUCUGUGUACCCGAGGCUUCUGCUGACAGUUUGUACACAACUCCUCUACAAGGAGCGACACAUGGGACAGGACUGCGACCCACACUAGGACGACCACCGGCUAAAAGGAGGUUGGAGCUGGACAUCACAGACCACCAAUACAGCGAGCCAGCUAAAACCCUUCGGAGUCGCAAAGGAGCUCUUAAACUGAAGGUCCCCAAAGCUCCCAAAACCCCACCGGAGAAGACCCGAUACGACACAUCCUUGGGCUUCUUGACUAAAAAGUUCUGUCAGCUGCUGGCACAGUCGUCUGAUGGAGUUCUAGAUCUCAAUAAAGCUGCCAUUGUGCUCAACGUCCAGAAGAGACGUCUGUAUGACAUCACCAACGUGCUGGAGGGAGUGCGCCUCAUCAAGAAAAAGUCGAAGAACAACAUACAAUGGCUUGGCUCCAGUCUGCCGUCGGAAGGUGGUCUUCCGUCUCCAGCGAUGCAGAGUCACAGCCUGGCCAAAGAGAUGCUGGCGCUCACUCAGGAGGAGAGACGCCUGGAUGAGCUCAUUCAGACCUGCACACGUAACGUCCAGCAGAUGACUGAGGAGAUCCAGUGUCAGAAAUAUGCCUAUGUGACCUAUCAGGACAUCCGAAGAAUAAAGAGCCUAAAAGACCAAACCGUCAUAGCGGUCAAAGCACCGUCUGAAACGAAGCUGGAAGUGCCUGACCCAAAGGAGAGUUUACAGGUCCACCUGAGUAGCUCUAAGGGUCCCAUUGAUGUUUUCCUCUGUACGGAUGGUGGUGACUCUGGGAGUGUGCUGCACAACGGCCUUGAUGUAAAUGGAAAUCACCCUGCGUUUCUCAAAGUCUCCCAAGAAGCUGCUUCAGAUGGAAUGGCUGAUGGUGUGAAGAUGAACGGUAGCGUCAAUGGUUUUGGGUCCUUGUCUGGAAGUGCCCCCAUGUCACCCCUCAGCUCCUCCUUGUCCUCCAUUCUCCAACAGCCAGAGGAGUCCAUCCCCUUCGUGCCUCUGUCUCCUGCUCUUCUCAGUGACGAAUACAUGCUGAGCUUGGGUGAUGAGCAGGGCAUAAGUGAUCUGUUCGACUCCUGCGACCUGGACACACUAGCACUGGAUGACCUGCUUAGGAUAUGAGCGAUCCCGGAGGCCAGCCGGACCUGUUUUCAAGUUAGUUGACCGGUGCUUCUUGGUUCCUGAAUGAAAUCUAGAUUGACAAGAUUGAUGGGCGUGAAUCUGGUGAUGAACUACAGACUGAAUUUCUUUUUUCUUCAUUGUCGCAUUUGACAUUCACAGUUUACGCAUGGAUCUUUAGGUUUACUGCUACAGGAUCCAAGGUUUCUCUUGUGUGAUAAUGUACAGAUGGGUUUCUGUACCCUGAUAAUGUCGUUUUAAAGUUAUUUUUAGUGUGGUGAAUUGCAUGAAUUGUGUGAUUGGUCUAUAAACAUCAUACUGGUUUUUGUGAUGGGAAGCCGCUGCCUUUGCGAAUAACUCCAAAAGGUCACUUUUUUUUUUUUUUUUUUUUUUCAAAAAUAGAGUAUUUCUCUAUUCUCAAUGUGAGGUUUUUUUUUUUUUUUUCUUUCUUCCCCCCCAUUGAGUUAAUCUCUCGCUUGGUUUCAUGGGGAAGGUCAUCUCAGUAUCGUAGGCUAGCUAAAUAUCAAAGAAGAUCAGCAAGUUGUUCCCUUAUUAAAUAAUCCAAAGUACAUUUGGUGCUUUGUCACUUAGUAUGCUAAAUGCCAGUGUACAGUAUCUCAGGGCACAGAUCAAGGAGUGAGUGCUUUGUGUGGUGAUGUAGUGAUGUCUGGGUAAAUGUAGAAUGAAAUCGGUUUUCCUGAACUAUAGCGUCUUAUCACUUUUGUUACCAAAUGAUUUGUGCAAAGAAAUGAACUUGUCUUUCUCCAUUUUGGUGUGAUUCAUGUGUAAACAAUGUAACGAUUCUGCAAGUUCUGCAGUUUUGGCUAAUUUUUAAACUUUAGAUUGGAAACUGAAUUUUGGAUAUGACUCCAAUCUAGUUCCCCUUCAUGUUGAAUGUAUUUCAGUAUCUGAAUUGCACUGAAGACUCGAGUCUUAUGAAGCCAUCAUGGACAUCUGUGGUGUAACUUGCCACGUGAUUAGCUAACAUUUACUGUCCCACAGAAUUUAGGUUUUUCAGUAGCAGCUGUUUUGUGUGUAGUUCACAAUUUCCCAUCAUAUGUUCAUAUGUCCAUUCCUAUAAAUUAAUUUUUUUUUUUUUUUUUUACAUUUUUGGCGAAACCUCAUUACAGACAUAUACAAAGGCUGCCGUUAUAGCCAUGCUAAUGGUGUUUUUUUUUUUUUUUUUUUCUCCUCCCCUUCUAUACCUUUAGCCCAGUAAAUUAGAUUAAACCAAUCUGUUACUUUAGUUGUAUUUUAGUUGUAAAAUUCAAUUGUGUAAUACUUCAAAUGUGAAGUAACUUGUUAAUGCAGUUUUUUUUGCUGUGGUUAAAGUAAAUUAUGGUACAUAUUAAAUUGGAAUUAGUGCAAAUGUUCACUAGUUCUCUUGGUUCUGCAUUGGAAUGAGGAUGUUGGUCAAGUGUGCAGCCAUAUUGCAUAGAAAAAUUUUGACUAAUCACUUUGCCAGUAUGCUAUUCUACAGUGCAGUUUGAUUUUGAUUGUUCAUUUUGUUUUUCUUUUAAACUAGAGGCAGUUUUGUGUGCCAAUGUGUGAAAUGUGAAGUUUUAUAUGUGGAUUGUAAAACUGUGCAUUAAUUGUUUGCAAACAUUGUUUUAAUAAAGUUAAGAAUUUCUGCA